AUGAAUACAGAUCAGACAAUAGAGCAUUAUAGCAAUCAUCCAUAUAAUAAUGCUGAAAAUGUGAAUACUCCUCCCAUAAAUCAAAAUGAAGCACGAUAUGAUUCAGAUACUUCGUCAAUAUCAGAAGAUGAACCAUUAAAUGAUAAAAAAGAGAAAUCUAGAAAACCUAGUGAUAAUGCUUUUAGACAACAACGAUUGAAGGCUUAUAAUCCAGUUUUAACUGCAAAAACCGUCAUACCAUUAUUAAUUGCAAUUGCAAUAGUAUUUGUACCUUUAGGAGCUGCUAUGUGGUAUGCAUCAGAUAAAAUAGAAGACAUAACAAUAGAUUAUUCGCGUUGCACUGCUUUAGCAACUAGUGAUUAUUGGCAACCUAUACCUGAUAAUUUUACCGCUUUCAACUUUAGAAAAAAGUUUGAUGGUUUUCAACCAGAUUUUAGAUGGAGAAUAGGAAAAGAUGACUCGCAACUAUUUGAUGAAGAUCAAUUUGUUUGUCAAAUACAAUUUCAAGUUUUAGAAAGAAUGAAAGGUCCAAUUUAUGUUUAUUAUAGAUUGGAGAAUUUUUAUGCAAAUCAUAGAAGAUAUGUUAAAUCAUUUAGUGAAGAUCAAUUAAAUGGGAAAGCUGCUAGUCUAAGUGAUAUUAAAGAUACUGUUGGUCAAAAUUGUGAACCUUUGAGUCAAAGAGAUGGUAAAAGAAUUUAUCCAUGUGGUUUGAUUGCAAAUAGUUUAUUUAAUGAUACUUUUAGUGAAAGGUUAGAAGCUGUUAAUGGUACUUCAUCAAAUAAUACUGUUGAAUUAACCAAAGAAGGUAUAGCUUGGGCAACUGAUAAAAAUAGAUUUAAAAAAACCAAAUAUAAUUAUACAGAAGUUGUUCCUCCACCAAAUUGGUAUAAAAAAUAUCCAAAUGGUUAUAAUGAAACAAAUAUGCCUGAUAUAUCAACUUGGUAUGAUUUCCAAAAUUGGAUGAGACCAGCAGCAUUAUCAACAUUUAACAAAUUAGUCUUAAGAAAUGAUUCAGCAAGUUUGGAACCAGGUUGGUAUCAAAUGAAUAUUGGAAUGCAUUUCCCAGUGUUAAGAUAUGGUGGUAAGAAAUAUUUGUAUAUAUCGCAAAGAUCUGUAAUUGGUGGUAAAAAUGACUUUUUAGGUAUAAGUUGGAUGGUAGGUGGUGGUAUAUGUUUUAUCUUAGGAUUAGCUUUAUUAGUUAUCAAUUUUGUGAAACCAAGAAAAACAGGUGAUGUAAAUUUAUUGAGUUGGAAUCAAGAGAAGGCUAAACGUGAUGAACAAGCUGCUACUGCUUUUAGUUCUGGAAGUAAAGUUAAUGAUUAUGAGAAUUAA